AGUUGCAUGGGAAGUCAGCUCGGUUGUUGCUCGCGGUCAAGGCUGUAACCACGAGGCCGCCGCGUCAGUGCACCGCCGGCCGUGGAGCCCCGCGAACCGUUCCAAUGAUUGCGCGGGCUAUCGUAUGUCUUAUCUCGUGGCUCUUCCUACUCCACAAUGCUGCCGGUCUCAACAUCCUCGCCAUCGUCUCGCUGCCACUUCGAAGCCACUACAUGGCCUUCAAACCUCUGUUCAGAGAGCUCGCUACAAGGGGACACAAUGUCACCGUCAUAAAUAAUUAUCCCGAUGAUGAACCGCUCCAAAACUUAACCUUUAUCAAUCUGGAAAGCUCGAGUUUAGGCACGAUACCUCUAUUACACGAAAGAGAAAACUCUGAUUCGACUUACUGGUAUUUAGUCAAUUACUUCAGACAUUUAUACUAUUCGUGGCAAAUGAACAGUAAGGAUUGUGAUAACCUUUUUAACAGCAAAAUAACAAAAACACAUCAGGCCGAAGGAGUUCACUAUGACGUCAUAUUCGUGGAACAGUUUAUGUCUGAUUGUGCACUUGCGUAUGCAGCGGCUUUCUAUGAGGCACCUAUUAUAGGAAUAACUUCCCACGUGAUGCUUCCAUGGGCUUAUGCUAGACUGGGUUUAUCAUUUGAUGUUUCCUCAGAUCCAUUUUACUUCUCAACGAAGAUAUUAAACAAGUCACUGUAUCAGAAGGUUGAAGAUUGUAUUUUACACUUUGUGUUUACAACUGUAGGACGUUGGUUUAUUCAGAGGAGAAUGUAUGAAACGUUUGAGCCGCAUGUGCCGAGGCCGGUGGAUAUAGAGGAAGUAGCGAGAGACAGAAUGCGCAUGAUGUUUGUGUAUCAGCACUUUUCAUUGACAGGGGCUCGAGCAAUGUCGCCUCAGGUUUUAGAGAUUGGAGGCAUUCAUAUUGGUGAAUCUAAACCAGUUCCAAAGGACAUUGAAGAUUUUCUCUCUACAGCUGAGCAGGGUGCUAUCUACUUUAGUUUCGGCUCUAACCUUCAACUUAGCACUAUGUCACCCCAGAAAAUGCAGAAGUUUCUAGAAGCCUUCAAGAGCGUCCCUCAAAAAGUUUUGUGGAAAUGGGAAAAUGACACUUUUCCAGCUGGUUACGAGGGCAAAAUAUAUCCUAGGAAAUGGUUCCCACAAUUGGAUGUUUUGUGUCACCCAAAGGUAAAAGCGUUUAUCUCCCACGGUGGCAUGCUAAGUCUCUCCGAGGCAGCUCAUUGCGGGAAACCUGUGUUGGCCGUGCCAUUCUUCGGAGACCAGUUCUCUAACGCUGCAGUAGUUGUCUCCUCUGGACUCGGAAACACUCUUAUGUUUGACAGAAUCAAUGAAACGAACUUGGGAGACGCUAUCAGGGAAUUGACGUCCGAAAAGAUGCAAAGAAGCGCUCAACAGAUUUCAAAAAUGUGGCACGACAGACCACAAAAAGUUAUGGAUAGCGCCAUCUAUUGGAUAGAGUACGUAACGCGUUAUGAUACUGCGCUGCCAUCUUUGCCAGCUCAACAAAAUACGUGGUUCGAAAACUUACAGCUAGAUGUCUAUGCUGUAUUGCUGUUGAUUGUAUUAAUGUUUUUGUUGAUUUUUUACUUUAUUGUAAAGUUAUUCAUAUUAAUUUUAAUUAAAUUAAUUAGACUUGUAGUAGGUACAAAGAAAGUUAAAACUAAUUAA